CGUCCGGCCGCGAUAACGCAGUACAGUUUCCGUCGCCACCGUCGACGGGAUGACCGUCAUGAAGUUGCGGAAGUUGGGUUUUGCGAUUUUCGCGGCUCUGUCGUUGCAGGCCACCCGCAUUGGCGCGCAAGAGCAACCCCGUCCGGCAACCACCACCGUCACCACCACCGUCAACACCACCAACACCAUCACCGACGUCAGUAACUUUGUCGGCGAUGUGGCUUCACCGAUCCGAGCCAGAUCACACGAGAUGGAUUUCGGAGGUUCUGAUCCGUCGCUGCAGGAGUCGGCGACAGGUCUAUCGGAAGGGCGGGGGAAAAAGAAGAAGAAAAAGAAGAAAAAAAAAAUCAAAAACCCUUCUAUGAACAUGCUGAUCGGCGGCAGCAUGAUGGCAGCUUUCGUCGUGAUAUUCAUGUUCGUGAACAUGAUAACCGUGACACUUGGAAAAGCGCUAUUUUUCACGUUCAUCGCGAAGUUUUUGAUAUCUGUAAAUUGGAAAUCGUCGGAAUCUUCGUCCAAGAAGAAAUCUACUCAUAAUGACAUAACGGUCGUGAUGACGUAAAAACGCUUAUUACCAAAAUCUUUUUAUUUUUCAAUAACAACUGACAAUAUUUAUAUUAUAAAUUAAUAAAUUAAUAAAUAGAUAAUAUUUUUUCCUACAAGUUUAACCUAUAUUAUAUCUAUAACAAUGAAUAAAUUAAAUACAUAAUAUAAGUUUUUGUCCAACCCAUCGAUUAUACUAGAAUUUUAAGCCAUUAGGUAUAAUAAUAUUGUUAAUUUUAAUCAUAUUGCUGGUUGCCAUAUUGAAUAGGUUCCGUUUGAGCAGCAUUGUAUUGACCUGCAUUGAUCUAAAAAUACAAAAUAAUUGAAACACCUGUGUUAAAGUUUAAAAUAUAGCAGUUUAAGAAAUGAUUGUUGAACCAC